UCGCGUUCCAUUCAUAGGCCGCACCGCUCGGACUUUGCACACUCACUCAUAAUAUUAUUAUUAACAUCUGUAUUAUCUGAGUUUAUACACACAUAUAUAAAUAUAUAUAUGAUAUACUAGUCAUAGUCACCGACGCGUGGUCAUUUCUGUUGUCGUCCGUCACAGGGGGUUAAUAUAUUGUUGUUGCUUAUCACCACCACCACCUCCGUAGUCGUCUUCAGGGCCGACCAUGUACUCAGCGGACGUCGACAACGAAAUGUCGCCGCUGAAGCCCGGCACCGGUAUGAGUACCACCGGCAGGAGGCUCAGCAAGCAGGCUGUCGCCGACGACCAGUCAUCCCAGUCAUGUUUUUCGCACAAUCUUCUCACCAUACUGACCAUAGCGUCGGUGUUUGGUGGUGUGGGCCUAGGAUUCUUGUUGAAGGCGUCCAAAUCAGACUGGACCAAACGUGAAGUGAGCUACGUACAGUUCCCCGGCGAUCUUUUCUUACGAAUGCUCAAGAUGCUCAUCGUACCGUUGCUGGUAUCAUCCAUAGUGUCGGCCAUCGGAUCACUCGACCUGUCUCUCAGUAAGCGCAUAGGCAUGCAGUCAGUAUUGUAUUACGCGGCUACCACGUCUAUGGCUGUGCUGCAAGGUAUAUUUUGGGUGAUGCUCAUACACCCGGGUAAAAAACUGUCCGCCGACGAGCAACGUACCACCACGGUAGAUACGUCUGCCAGUCGACCUAUAACCACAUCCGACACCAUCCUGGACUUGGUCAGGAACAUAUUCCCCGACAAUCUCAUCGAGGCGUGCAUAUCCACCUAUCGGACAGUAUUGGUACCGCCUCACGGCACGGCUUUUAACAGCUCUUCGCAUUCACCUGACACUAUUGCCACCUGGGAAAUUAAGUCUGAAAUGGUGGAUGGCAGCAACGUUUUGGGAUUGGUUGCAUUCAGUGUGGCUUUCGGCAUUUGCAUUGGCAAACUUGGUCAAGCCGGUCGUCCGCUUCUGGCCGUAUUCGAUUCUCUCGGAGAGGCCGUGAUGCUUAUGACUAACUGGGUGAUAUGGCUGUCACCUAUGGGAGUGCUAUUUUUGGUGGCGGCGAAAGUGCUAGAACUUGAUGACUUUGGUGCAGUCGUUGGACGAUUGGGAUUGUACUUCAUCACUGUCGUGUUCGGUCUGUUCGUGCACGGAUUCGUUUUGCUGCCACUCAUGUAUACCGCGUUCACUCGCCAGUCGCCGUUCACGUUCACUAUGAACAUGGGACAGGCCAUCAUCACAGCUUUUGGAACAGCAUCCAGUUCAGCAUCACUGCCCAUAUCGAUGGCUUGUCUAGAAGAGAACAACAAGAUCGACGUGAGAGUGUCGCGUUUUGUCAUGCCCAUUGGGGCCACCAUUAACAUGGACGGCACAGCUUUGUACGAAGCCGUCGCGGCCAUAUUCAUAGCACAGCUUCGAGGUAUUCCGCUUAGUAUUGGCAAGAUCGCCGCCGUCAGUGUAACGGCCACCAUGGCUAGCAUCGGAGCAGCCGGUAUACCACAAGCUGGUUUAGUUACCAUGGUUAUGGUGCUCGACACAUUAGGUCUUCCCGCCGAUGACGUAUCCUUAAUUAUCGCCGUCGACUGGCUGCUUGAUCGAUUCAGGACGACGGUGAACGUGAUGGGCGACGCAUACGGUGCUGGUAUCGUGGCCAAGUUGGCCGAGGAUGAUUUGGAGUUGGCGCAAAACACCACCGGUGCCUUAGAAGCUGGCAAACCUGUGGACGAUCAAUGGCACACGACUACAUCGAUGUAACAACAUUUUACCACACCGCCUGGCAAUUUUUUUCUCUUUAUUAUUUCUUUUUUUUUUUACCAUAACGUACACAUCGUGUCAAAUCAUAACGAUUUUUAUUUUAGUUCGUAGUUUACCAUUUUACAUGACACAUAGUCGUACCCGUGUUCGUAACGUUAAGUGCAUAUAAUAUAGUUUAGAAGAUACGCUUAUUAUAUAAUUAUAAUUGAUUAUUAUUAUUAUUUUUGUUGUUAUAACAUUUAAUGUGUUUGAAUUGACAGUGCCAAUUACACGUUGUUCGUCACGUGGUAUUUAUUAUAAUAUUAUUAUUAUUUUUCAUUCUAAACAGUUUCAUCCGUAAACGAAAACAAUGUUCUCGGAUCAUAUGCAUUUGAUGGAGUCCUCUAUUAUCUAUUCGAUUCUAGCAGUAAUUUUCUGAAAUUAGAUUUUGUUUUUCGAUUUUUCUAUGAUCUAGCUAAACAAUAUUUGUCAAAUGAGAACAGGGUACAAAUGACCAAUUCUAUAAGACGUGUCCGUAUUCGAAAACUGCAUAUAGCAUCGUUUUGUAUUUUCCAAGUUAUUCCAGUGAGGUUAUUGUCUAUACCGGUUACAGACAACAUCGCCAAUAUAGUAAUAUGUGUAACGACAAUAAGUUUUUUUCCAAACAUUUGUUUAUUACAGCAAUAAGAACCAACUUUAUUAAUAUUCGAGAACGUUGUUUUCAGUACGUUUGAUAUUUUACGCUUCGUUACAAUUGUUUUUUAGUUAAAUAUAGUAAUAGUAGCUAUAAAUAAUCUAUUAUUAUUUAUAUGUUAUCAGAAUAGACAUAAAAUUGCCUGAAGGUAACCAUUUAUAACUUAUUUUGGAUUGUUAAAAGCAUUAGAGUAAAGUCAUUUUACAGAGCAUUUAUUAUUGUAUAUUCAAAUAUUUUAUUAGUAUUUAGUAUUUUAUAACGCAACCAGUUAGAAUAAUAGUUUGUUGACCAAUAUUUAGUUUUUAAUUUAAAAAUCAAUAUUUGCGGGGCCGUUAAGAAUCCACAACACUUUUAAUAUAAAAUUCACUAUAAAUAUUUUUUUUAAGUUUAGUACCCCAAAUCUAUUAGUUAAAUAUAAUAUUUUAUUAUAAUAAUAAUUUGAUUUGAUAUUUAAAAAUUUAUGUAUUUGUUAAACAUCAAAAUGUUUAGUUUUAGCAAACUCUGUAAAUUAAUACAAUAAAAAUAAAAAUUAUUUUAAA